AGAUGCGCUAGGACAAGGCUGGGGCUGGUCCCACUCUCGUGGCACCUGAAAUCUCCAGUGUGCCCUUUAACCCGCUGCCCCCAGGCCAUGAAAGGAGGGGGUGGCUGUGAACUCAGGGGCUCAGAGUCACCUUUCCCAUCACACGACCUCACCUUCACCCCAAGCUCUAAGCGUCCAGGAUGACACAGCUGAGCCUGGCCUGGCUGGGCCUGGGGCCCGUGGCAGCCUCCCCUUGGCUGAUCGGGCUUCUGGUUGGGGUUUCUUGGCUCCUGGCCCGAGUUCUGAGCCGCAUCUACACCAUCUAUGAAAACUCUGGUCGCCUUCAAUGUUUCCCACAGCCCCCCAAAAGGAACUGGCUUCUGGGUCACCUGGGCAUGAUUCAGAGCUCAGAGGAAGGUCUCCUGUACACCCAGGGCCUGGCACGCACCUAUGGGACUGUGUGCUGCUGGUGGGUGGGGCCCUGGAGCCCUGUCGUCCGCCUCUUCCACCCCUCCUACAUCAAGCCUGUGCUCCUGGCCCCAGCUGCGGUGGCGCCCAAGGACUCAGUCUUCUACAGGUUCCUGAAGCCCUGGCUGGGGGAUGGGCUCCUGCUGAGUGCUGGUGACAAGUGGAGCCGCCACCGUCGCAUGCUGACGCCCGCCUUCCACUUCAACAUCCUGAAGCCCUACGUGAAGAUUUUCACUGACAGCAUGAAUGUCAUGCAUGCCAAGUGGCAGCGCCUGAUCUCCCAGGGCAGCACCCGGCUGGACAUGUUUGAGCACAUCAGCCUGAUGACCCUGGACAGUCUGCAGAAAUGCGUGUUCAGCUUUGAGAGCAACUGCCAGGAGAAGCCCAGCGAAUACAUUGCAGCCAUCCUGGAGCUCAGCGCCCUUGUGGCCAAGCGGCACCAGCAGCUCCUUCUCCACCUGGACUUCCUGUACCACCUCAGCCCCGAUGGGCAGCGCUUCCGGAGGGCCUGCCGUGUGGUGCACGACUUCACAGACGCCGUCAUCCAGGAGCGGCGUCGCACCCUCAAGAAUCAGGGAACUGAUGACUCCCUCAAGGCCAAGGCCAAGUCCAAAACUUUGGACUUCAUUGAUGUGCUCCUGAUGAACGAGGACAAAGAAGGAAAAGAGCUGUCAGAUGAGGACAUACGGGCAGAGGCCAACACCGUCAUGUUUGGAGGCCACGACACCACGGCCAGUGGUCUCUCCUGGGUCCUGUACAACCUGGCCAAGCACCCAGAAUACCAGGAGCGCUGCCGGCAGGAGGUGCAGGAGGUCCUGAGGGGCCGCGAGCCCGAGGACAUUGAAUGGGAUGACCUGGCCCAGCUGCCCUUCCUGACCAUGUGCAUCAAAGAGAGUCUGCGCCUGCACCCCCCGGUCUUAGUUGCCUCCCGUUGCUGCACCCAGGACAUUGUGCUUCCGGAUGGCCGGGUCAUCCCCAAAGGUGUCAUCUGCCUUGUCAGUAUUUUUGGGCUGCAUCACAACCCAGCUGUGUGGCCAGACCCUGAGGUCUACAACCCUUUCCGCUUUGACUCUGAGAACAGCAAGGGCAGGUCCCCUCUGGCUUUUAUCCCCUUCUCCGCGGGGCCCAGGAACUGCAUCGGGCAGACCUUCGCCAUGACCGAGAUGAAGGUGGCGCUGGCGAUGACCCUGCAGCGCUUCCGCGUGCUGCCGGACGCCACAGAGCCGCUCAGGAAGCCGGAGCUGAUCCUGCGCGCCGAGGGCGGGCUGUGGCUGCGGGUGGAGCCACUGAGCGCGCGUGCGCCGUGAGCCCCAAGGCGGGACCUGCGUCCCUGCUGAUCAACCCUUUGCAGACUCUUAAAUAAACUGUGCUGUCACCUG